AUGGAACUUAACGGUGCUCUGUUAACGUUAGCGUUACACGACCGGCAGAAGCAGCUGGAGAAGGAAGCUGCGGAGAAAGGACGAGAGGGGGUUUCUGGUGAUAGAGACACGGACGGGGAAGAGAGAGGAGGAGGAGGAGGAGGAGGAGGAGGAGAGGUGGAGCCGAGUCAAGAAGGAAGAGGAGCAGGGGGAGGAAGAUGCAAAGCGGGGUUGGAGUCGAGUCCUGGGAUUGAGAUAGUGCUGUGCUUCGUGGCGGGAGAAGGGCUCGGCAUUUUGGGAGCGGCCCUCCAGCAGAAACGCAGCAGCGAGGGAGAGUUGUCCCCCGUGCUACAGGCGCUGCUGCGCCUCUCCUUGAACAAUGCGGGCAGGCGCGAGUGCCUGUGCGCUUGCACGUGGAGUGGAAGCAGCGGCAGUAAAGAAACACCCUCUCUUUAUCCCUGCUUCCCUCCCGCCCUUUCCCCCUCUAUCUCAGUGGGCGCGGCCCUCCAGCAGAAGAGCGGUGGGGGCAGCAGCGAGGGGGUGUCCCCUGUACUGCAAGCGCUGCUGCAGCCGCUGCUGGCGCAAUGCGGACAGGCGCGCGUGGCUGCGCGCGUGCACGUGGAGUGGGGGCAGCGGCGGGACGAGGCGCUCUGCCAGGCCGUGAGGGCCACUGCAGCAGAGCGCCUAUACGUGGGGAACAAGAGGUGGGUGGGUGGGGAUCAAGCGGGUGCGUGUGUUGGGAACAAGAGGUGGGCUGUGCGCGCCACUGCAGCAGAACGGCUCUACGUGGGAAACAAGAGGUGGGUGGAAGCAGCAAGGGAAGUGGAUGGGUGGGUGGAAGGGGACGACGAGCUAAGCUGGUUGCUUUGCUCUUCCUCCUCCUCCAAACGCUCACGCAAGUCCAAACCACGCAAAGGCAGCCCCUUCAGUCCAAAUCCUGCCGCCCCUGCCGCAUCGGCAUCGCCUCGCUUCCCCGACUCGCAUUCCUCGUCUUCUUCUGUCACUCCUGCUUCACGUAAAGCUGGCUCCUCUGGCUCUUCCUCCUCCUCUGCGGCUCAUGCUCCUGCUGCCACCGCCGCCGCCGCCACCGCUGCUGCUGCUGCUGCUGCUGAUGCUGCUGGCUAUCCUGCUGAUGAACACUGUUACGACAAUGACGGCGGAGAAAACGACGCUGAAAGUGACAACGACAACGACUAUAAUGAGGACGACUAUAACGAGGGCGAGGAUGAUGAGGACGACGACAACGAUGAUGAUGAUGGGUACGAUGCGGUGUGUCGGCCCAAGUCCUCCUUCACAAUAGCGGACUGGGAGGCAGAGCUGCAGCGGGUGGCCAUCGGACAGCAGCGGAUCGUGUCUCUGUGGGAUAGAGCUGAGGUGGCGGGUCGUGUGCGUGCCGGGAGUGCUGCGGCCGCCUUGGGAAGCCCUGGUGGGGUCGCAGCAGCUGCUAGCGUUGGCUUUUGUGCUGGUGCUGCUGGUGCUGCUGGUGGUGUUGGUGCUGGUCGUGGUGGUGGAGCAGGAGCAGGAGCAGCAGGAGGAGGAGGGGGAGGGGUGGGGAGGAGAGGAGGGGGCAUGGGAGACGAAGGGUGUGCGGCUCUGGACAAAGCAGCAGCAGCUGCAGCGGCAGCAGGAGCGGCAGGGGCAGGCGCAGGGUCGAACAGUGGGCCGGUGUCAGAGGCGGAUCGGCAGCGCAUGAUGCGGCUGCAGCAGCAGAUGCGGCAGCAGUUCACCGGCCUGCAGAAGAUUCUGGUCGAGCAGCACAAGCCUUCCCCCGUGCACCCUUCUCUGGCAGGCGGGCAGCAGCAGCUGGGGCAGCAGAGGCAGGAACAGGGACAGCAGAAGCAGGGGGGCCGAGGCUUCUUCCCCUCCUCCUCCUCUGUCAGUGGUACUGCCAGCACCAGCAGCAGCAGCAGCAAGGGGGGACAGGGCGGACAGGGGGGGUAUGGCAAGGGGACGGGGCAGGGGGAGAAGGCACAUGGGGAGGGAUCGCAUGGGGAUAAGUCUCCUCUGUGGAAGGGGUUAGAGAGUGUGGCAGCUGGGUUGUCUGCUAUUCACUCUGAUAUGCAAGCUGCCAAGGGCUCAGGUGGACGUUCGGGUGGUUUUUCAGGUGGGUUUUCAGGUGGGCGGACCGGGUGGCAUUCGCAUCAGGGGAGCGAGGAUUUCCACAUGAAGGCAAACGAGUUUGAAGGGAUUGAUACAAGCCUGCUCAUUGUUCCUCGUGUCGGCCCAACCUCAGCCUCGGCAGCAGGUUCGGCAGCAGGUUCGGGAGCAGCUUCGGUUGGCUCGCCGUCGCCGAACGUAACCCCACUCACAGGCCCGGUGGGGGGUAGAGGAGGGACGGGCGGGAUGAAGGUUGCAAGGGCUGUAUCGCACGAGCAAGCAAUAGGGGGAGGGAGAAAGGUCACAAGGGAGGGAGGAAGCAAGGGAGAAAGAGAGGGCGUAAGAGGGGGCUUGAACUUGAAGGGGGGAAAUCGCUCUGAAAAAGGCGUAAAGGGAGAGGAAUGGGAAUCCCCACCUGUUCCGCAGCAGCCUGUGGUGGUGGGGAAGAAGCUGUGGGUGUCUGGUAGGAGGAGCAUGGGGAGUGAGGGGGAGAUGGGGGGCGGGGUCGAGGCAGUUGCAGCAGAGGUUGCAGCGGCAGCAGGGAACGCAGCAGCAGUGGCAGCAAGAGAAGGGUCAAGAGAUGGUGGGUCGUGUGGUGCUGCCAACCCUGCCAACAGCAGCAGCAGCAGUAAUCCCGGAAUGGGGAGCAACGAGCAGCAAGCGUUCCCUAUCCCGCUUCCUUCCUCCUCGUUCUCGUCCUCCUCCCAAGCCGGAUUCCAAAGCAGCCGGGUAGACUCGGUGGACUGCCACCGCUUCCCGCCGGACCAGAUUCUCCGGGCCACGGGGGGGUUCUCGCCCUCGCAGCUGAUUGGCCGAGGCAGGCUCGGGCCGAGCUACCGGGGGGAGAUAUUCGGAUGCCAGGUGGCGAUCAAACUGCUGACUGUGCAUGAGGAAACGUCUGGAAGGACAGACAAGAAUGAGAAGGCUGAGAAGAAUGCAGUAGAUGGUGCUCAGGGAGGGGGAAAGCAGGAGGAGCGGGUGGUGGAGGCAGAUGGUGCUGCAGUUGCCUCAUCGGGUGCGUUUGGCUCCUUUGGUUCCUCCGGUCUCCUUGAUCCGUCCACAGAGGGGGGAGGUCAAGUGUCCCGAGAGAGAGUACAAGCAGCAGUGCAGUCAGCAGUGGACGUGCUAAGGCGUCUCAGGCACCCGCACCUGCUGCUGCUGAUGGGUCACUGCCCCGAGUACCCCUGUCUGGUCUAUGAGUUCGCUCCUGGGGGCAGCCUCUCCUCCCGCCUCUCCCGCAUCCACUCCCUUAUUGCUGCUGCCACCGCUGCUGCUGCUGCCGCUGGUGAUGGUGGUGGUGGUGCUGCUGCUACUGCAGCAGAGGAGGGUGCUGGUAACAGCAGCAGCAGUGCAGGAGACGGUGCUGCUGCUUCUCCUAGCGGAGAACGGGGCAUUACCUUCGGGGAGGAGGAGGAGGAGGAGCUAGAGGCAAUAUGGCUGUCCUGGGUGGACCGGCUCCGACUGGCGUCUGAGCUGGCAGGGGCGCUGCUCUUCAUGCACCAGCACUCGCCGCCUGUGCUGCACGGCGCCGUGACUCUACAGAACGUGCUUCUAGACCGCAACUCCGCGUGUAAACUCAGCGGUGCUGGCCUCUCCUUCUCCUCAUCUCCCUUCUCUGGCAGUCCAGGGAAUAGUUCUUCUGCCUCUGCUUCUAGUUCUAACCCCAGCAGCAGCACAGCAGUGGGAGUGGAGGGUCCGUGCCAGCAUGGCAGCAGCAGCACGGGCGUACUAAGUGACGAUGUGCAUGCGUACGGCAUUGUGGUGUUACAGCUGGUAACCGGCAUCACCCGCCCCUCACUCAUCCACUCCCUCAUGCACACGCACUCGACUGCAGCAGGAGGUUCAGGGGCAGGUGGUGGGGGUGGGAUGGAUGGGCACAGGGCGGAAUCAGCUGGGGAAGCAGCAGGAGGGGCGACCGAGGGAGGGGUGUCUGGGGGUGGUGUUUCCUGGGGGUUCAACCUGGCUGAAGCGGUAGACGUGUUUUUGAGCCGACUGGACGUGAUGGCGGGGGAAUGGCCUGUGGAAAUGGCGUCUGUUGUGGUGCUGCUGGCUCUGCGCUGUGCUUCGGGACAGGCGGAACUUCGGCCGGACCUGGCGGCUGAGGUGCAGCCAGCCCUGUCGGCUUUGGCUCGGGAAGCGGAGGAAAGUUUUGGGCGGGUGGCUCGGCAGAUGCUUCGGUCUGCCCUGAGAAAGCGGGACUUUACGUGCUUUCAAAAGAGGGGGGUAAAGUCUCCCAAUGGCUUCCUCGAAAGUGAGUCCGCUUCACCUCCUCCUGAUUGCUCGUAUUUUCGGCCUCGAUUCUGCCUUUCAUCAGGCCAGCUCAUGGCGGGUGCGCGCACCAAAGUUCUUGCUCUGGGCGGCUCUUUUGCCUCCACGCUGCUGCUCCCCCCGCACGCGCGCGCACCCUCCCGCGGAGGCCCCCCGCAGUUGCGCGGGGGAGUCCCCGCCCUCCCCCCCAUCACCCUCUCCGAGCCCCAGGAGCGGUACCUGAAGCAGCUACAAACGAGGAUACAGCCGCCCUUUGAAAACGACAAGGAGGAACAUAGAUUGGCGCUAGUAGAGCUGUGGGAGCAGGCGUAUCCGGGGCGGGUGUUGACUGAGGAGGUGGAGGUGGCGGGGUGGAAGGAGAUGGGGUGGCAGGGGAAGAACCCAGCCUCGGAUUUCAGGGGCGGGGGAUUUUUCGCGCUGGAGAAUUUGGUGUACUAUGCUCGCACGUACCCAGUACGUUUGGGGAGGGAGGAGGGGAAGGGAGCGGGGAGAGGGAGGGGGGGAAAGGGAGCGGGGAAAGGGAGCGGGGGAAGGGAGGGGGGGAAGGGAGGGGGGGAAGGGAGGGGUAGGAGGUCGUUUCAGCGCAUCAUGUACAAGCAGGAGGGUCGCCGGGUUGAGUGGGAGUACCCCUUUGGAGCAGCAGGGGUGAACAUCACCGUACUCCUUAUAAGCAUCCUCGACUUGCGCAAGGACAUCCCCGCAACAGUGGCUGGACGGGCCUUUCUGAAGAUGCUACCAGAGCACCCAACAGCGUUUGAGGAUCUGUACUGUGGUCAUGCAAGCCACGCGAGCAGAGCUGGAGCACCGCAUGUGCCAUCCCAGCUUCUAAUCUCACUCUCUCCCCUCCCCAUCCAAUCCGUCCUGCUUGCUCACCAUCCUCUCCCCCUCUGUCAGGUGGUCAUGCAAGCCACCAGAGCAGAGCUGGAGUGCUAUAUGUGUCAGCCCAGCUUCUGUUCUCGUACCCAUUCCGCCCCUUUGCUCACAUUGCCCCCUCCUUCCCUUCAGGUGGUCAUGCAAGCCACAAGAGCAGAGCUGGAGCGCCAUAUGUCUCAGCCCAGCUUCACUGCCAUCUCUGACCUUCCUGCCUUCGCCAGGCUCACAGCAGAGUAG